UUGUCAAUGUCAAUUGUACAACAUGUGCAUUCGAAUUUAAAAGUUUAUUUCUCAUCAAAAUGAAUCCUGAAAAAUUUAGUUUAUUUGAAAAUACAAACUGGUCAUCAGCUGAAGAAAUAUCAUUAUUAGAAGCCAUCUCGGAAUUCGGUUAUGGAAAUUGGUUAAACAUUUCAAGACGAAUCGUAACAAGAAAUCCCGAUGAAUGUAAAGAACACUACAACACAUUUUACAUAAACAAACCGUCAGAGUUACUACCAAAAAUACCAAAAACGAAUGUUUUAACACCGAACAUCGUAACACCGUACAAUUUUCGUUUAAAAAAUAUCGAAGAACCACCAAGAUGUGAACCAAAUUCAAUUACAUACAAUAAUUUGGCUGGAUAUUCGGCAGCACGAUCAGAUUUUGAGUAUCCAUAUGACAGUAAUGCUGAGACAAUUAUCACAAAUUUAAGUUCAACUUACUCAAAUUUAGAAAACUUAUCCGAUGUAGACGAAGAUAUGGCAUGUGCAGUAUUUAAAGCGUAUAAUAAUCGUUUACGUGAACGACAACGACGAUUAGAAGUAAUUCGAGCACAUGGUAUCGUUUCUCGUAAACAAUUUUUAUUUUUUUCGAAAUAUGAAAAUUCGUUACCGCGACACACACUCGAACGAUUUUUAGGAUUUACACAAUUUUUAUCGCCGUUAGAUUUUGAUUUUAUAAUGCAUAGUUUAUUUCGUCAAACCGAACUAAAAAAUUAUUUACAUCGUUUAAAAGAUUUACGAUUAAAAGGAAUACGAACGUUUCAUGGUGCGCGAUUAUAUGUGAAAUUAAAAGAACGUCGUGAAGAUUUUUAUUCAGACGUUCAAAAUUAUUUUAAUCGACCGGAUGUAUCGUUAAAUAAAAGUUUUAAUGAUUGUGAUGUUCCAUUUAAUACGACAGUGCCGAAUAAAAGAGCUAUCGCUGGACCGUUAGAUAUAAUUGGUUUACCAUGUUUUGAUCGAUUAUCGGACGAUGAGAAGAAAUUAUGUAGUCAAGUUCGUAUAGUUCCCGAAUCGUAUUUAGAAUUAAAACGAAUUUUAAUAGCUGAAUGUGAGAAAUUAAAUGGUUUACGAUUACAAGAUGCUAGAAAAGCGAUACGUAUUGAUGUGAAUAAAACGAGGAAAUUGUACGAUUUUUUAAUUGAGCAAGGUCUUAUUUUUAAACCAAAUGUUACUUAAAAUGAUAUCGAAUAUUUUCGGUGAGUUGGAUGCUUUAUUCAAUUUUACAAUUGAAUAUC